UCGUUGUCCGCCGCGAUGAAGGCGUUCCUUUCAAGGCUUCAUCUGGGCGGUACGAAGGAAAAGGACAGAGAAAACACCGCCCUACAGAAGGAAAAGUUUCCGCCUUUACGCGCAUGGCCCCCGGAAGCUGCCCAACGGUCAACCUCAACGCCAAAUUCCUUUAAACCACUUCCCGAGUUGGUGCCAACUUUUACGGGCGAAGCAGCAUCCACAAAUACCACUCCAACCCCACCAUACUCUUCCCCGACCCCAACUCCAACCCCCCCUCGCAACGAGACAAGCAGUCCCCUUCCUGAUGCCACAAAUUCCCCUCGACCAGAUGCGCCACCAGAUUCAGCGGGUCGGAGUUCUCGAAAGACAAAUACGAGUGUGGCGAAUAGCGACGUUCAGAAGAAGGUUGCAUUCAAGUCUCCACCACCAACUCCCUCCAAUUUAGAUCGCGAGGCUACAAGCUCACCCACAGUGCCAUUGAAAACCUCCGUGUCACGCUUCCAGGCUACUCAUGGCAAGGAACCUCGUGGCUCUACUUCAACUGGCGCCUCAUCUUCCAAAACCGAUCUCGCGUCCUCGGCGAAGACUGCAGUAAAGUCUACUUCAACUCGGUCCACCUCUCCCUAUCUAAAUAAGACUGGCGACGUUGGCUCAAGUCAAUCCCUUCGCUCAGGUACCCCAUAUUCUUCCAUGUCCAACGCAACCAGCGGCAGUAGAAUACUCGCCGCAACAUCAUGGAGUGAGGUUACGGAAGAAGACCUUGUUUCCCAUUUGGGUUCGCGGGAGCGCACACGACAAGAAGUUUUGUUUGAGAUCAUCUCCAGCGAAGAGAGAUAUGUACAAGAGCUCGCCAAGAUGAAGGACACUUUCAUUGACCCCAUGUUGCAUCCCUUUUCAGCGCCGACACCACAGCUGUCAUCAACACCCAAUCUCGACUACGACUAUUAUCGCACAGACUCGCCGGUAGAGUCAAACGACCAUCUUCCCCCGAUUGCUGCACGAUUCAUGUCGCCCAGUCCAACCGUGAUGCAGUCAAGCAAUCAGUCUCACAAAGACACUCCCAAUAUAGAUGGAGAAUCGUUGGACACAGACGAGGAGGAUGAAGGCGGAGACCAACUCGGUCGGGGAUUCGCCAACCGGCAAGGGCAGCUUGCCAAGCAAAACCAUCCCCGCUCUCCAUAUCGUUCAAAUGGUACAAAAAAAACUGUGCCAUUUCCUUCGAGAUCACACCACUCGUUACCCCCUCCUCCCCGCAACCAACCUAAUGGUUCAACACACUCAUUGAAUCGACAGACCUCGGUCGUUGAUCGGGAGCGCGAACGCAAUUACAGCCAGGGUCAAGCAUCCAAAACCAGCACUCCGAAGCCUGGAAUGCUUCGUAAACUUAAAAAGAGCCAGACCACCAACGACAGCAUUUUUGGGGAGUCGGUAGCUCCACAUCAACUCCCUGAAGACCUCCGUAUCUGCCUUGAAGUCGUAGACAGUGGCGUCUUCGAGGGUCAUAAACGGCUGUCCGAGGCUCUAAAAAAGCGAUACGAUGACCAAUUCCCGCUUGUCCGUUCUUUGGCUGACGUUUUUGUAUCUAAUUCCGACAUUUUCCAUGGCUAUGCAACCUACGUACUGCAUUUAGAGCGUGCUCUCGAACAAGUCGACGACGCGCUUUCUAAUGUCUCAACCAAGAAACCCAAGAAACAGGAUGUUGCUGAGUGGCAGAAAGUGUGCAAGUUCGUUCAGAAGCUUGAGGAGAGUGCUAGCGAGAAGGGUGAAACCGGUCUCGCCAUCACACUAUCAAAGCCGUUCCAGCGAUUACUCAAAUACCCCCUUCUUUUCCAAAAUCUACUCUUCCACACUGACCCAAGUACUUUCGAGUACGAAAGCACGUUGCAAAUGGUCGCGGAAGUGGAAACGAUUGUACGCAGUAUCGAGGAUGAAAAGAUUCAAAAGGAGGAGCGAGACAAGACCAGGGAUGUCUUUGCGCGAAUCGAGGGACUGGACAAAGUCAAGCAACUGGCAUUACCCAAACCAUCAAGAGUCCUGGUCGAAGAGAGGCAAUGUGCACCGAACGGCAGCUCUUUAAGCCCACCCAAGUCCUCAUCCCCGCCACCAGUGCUGACCAACAAGAACGUCAGAGGGAAAUCCUCAUUCAAACGACUGAGUGAUGUCCUUCACAGCGGCUCUGGCAUUGGCGGCAAGAAAGACCUCUGGCUUGUGGUCUUCAACGACGUUGUGCUUCAGUGCCAACGGACAGGAACCACUUCCCUUCCCCUCGUUUCUUCAACUUAUUCUCGGACCAACUCCUUACCCGAGCUUCAAGGGCGGUCAAAGUAUGCGACUACUGGCCGCAGGAACUCUCACACGAAGCCUCGCAAUCUCUAUAAGUUCCUCAAGAUCGAAACUUGGGCAAUUGGUGAUGUUAUUCAGCCGAACCAAGGCGUUGUUUCCAUGGAAGAUGUUGCGCGCUCCCGAACACAGGUGCAUCAACCACGAAUUGUACCUAUGCCCGAUGAUGACGAGGAUGGUGGUGAUUCGGAUGACUCCGAUAGGAAGAGCAAAAUGAGCUUUUCGUAUUGGGGUGCCGAUAAGAUCACAGUGCAAAAGCCUGUUAUCAAACCUCGAGGAGGCGCACCUGCUGUGCGACGUGGUGGUGGUUCUGGGUCUGCAUAUGGCCGAGAAUCGUCAGCCAAUGCCAAGUUCGGAACACGCCUAGUUUCUGGCGACUCUUCGCCAAAUGCUCGGCCAGCUAGCCGGAGGACACAGGCCAUGCCGACAUCACGGCGACCAGCAGAUGACAGCAAUGUGAACUAUACUGCCAAGUCCACGACCACUCCCGUCCGACCUGAAUGGAACACAAGCACCAAGUCACAAUCUCCCGCUCCUAGCUCAAACGUUGCCAAACGCACGCGCAACAUUUCAUUAACGAGCCCCAGUUCAAGUUCUACACGGCUUGUUCCUGCCAAAGGCGUUUCGUCUCCUGCCCCCUCUGAAGACUCUGGUGUUGGCCUCUACCGACAAAUGAUGGCCCAAGACCCCUCCCUGAACCAGUCUUGA